CUCAUGCGAUCUGGAGCUUCACACACUAUCGUUAGCAGGCUGUUCUUUUGUGCACAUUGCAAAGUGCGAUUCAUUGCUUUCUCACAUGCCUUCUUCUACUGUGUCUGGUGACCAAAAAACCACCGUGCUGCCCUCUGUUGCUCACAAGCCCACUGUGCUCGUUACCGGUGCCGCAGGCUACAUUGGCAGCCACACCGUAGUGCAAUUACUACAACAUCCCUACACUGUUAUUGCCUUGGAUAAUUUGGCCAAUUCUAAACUAGCAAACACCGUCGGAAACACCGGAGUGUUUUUCGAGUCUAUUCAGCGCACAAGUCCACGAAAUGAUCACGUUAGUGAAACGAGAGCUGUUGGGUUGGUGAUUCACUCUGUCGCCUUAACUAAAACACUGGGCUGAUAGUGUUACACAGGUUGUUUGAAUCCACCUGGGACGUCGACGCGACGAACCCCACAAUCGGCUAUAUCCAACAGGAGUUGAUGCUGAUGAAGUGGGAGAUCACGCACGGGUUGAAUGACAUUCCGCCGUCGUUGCUGAAAGACUGCGUUGGCUUUCUAAUGACUGCCGUGGU